AUGGCUCCCCUCGCCAAGGUUCUUCUCGGCUCCGCCAUCGCCCUCUCCAUCACCGCCUACGCGGCGCCCGUCAUCAUCAUCGACUCGCGCCAGCUGGCCGGCGAGGGCAACUUUUUCGACUCCCUCUUCACCGACACCGACAACGGCGUCGGCUACGGCACUGAGAAUGCCGAGAACAACAUCGCCGAGAUGCUUGGUGGCUCGCCCGCCUCCGGCGGCGGCAGCGGCGGCCCUCCCCCCAAGCCCAACCGCCGCAUGGCCAAGCGCCAGGGCGACAAGAUCGCUAAUGGUGCUGCUGCUAUCCUCCACGCCGUCGGCGCCAACCAGCAGGCCGAUCUCGUCCAGACUGACGGUGAUGCCGUUGAUGGCCAGCUCACCGACGACGCCACCACUCUCGGCGCCCAGAUCGGCAGCGACAAGGAGGACGUCCUUGAGAGAACUGGCGACAUGGUUCCCAACAAGAUGCCCACCGCACCCGCAGCUCACUAA